CAGCCAAUGAGCGCUCGGCCCGCGCCCCCCGCCAUCGCCCCCCCAGCCAUGGAGCCGGCGGCCACCAGCAUCCAGGUGCUGCUGCGGGCGGCCGAGUUCCUGGAGCGGCGGGAGCGCGGGGCGGGCGCCGCCCGGUACCCGCCGUGCCUGGCCGAGGCCGAGCACCGAUACGCCUCGCUGUGCCCCGCGCGGGCCCGCCGGGCCGUGGCCAGCGUCAGGUCGGUGCACAACGCGCUGGAGAAGCACAGGAGAGCCAAGCUCCGGUGCUGCCUGGAGCGGCUGAAGCAGCAGGUGCCGGUGGGCGCAGGGCCGGACCGUCCUACCACGCUGACCCUUCUGCACCGUGCCCGGCUUCACAUUCAGAGACUGGAGAAACAGGAGCUGAGCGCACAGCGGGCCAAGGACCGGCUGCGUAACCAGCAGCGGAGCCUGCAGCAGCGGCUGCAACGGCUGCUCUCACCUGCCAGCGGGGAACGGGCACGGGCUGACAGCUUGGACUCAUCCCAGCUCUCGGAGCCCUCUGAGGGAGAGGAUGCUGAGAUAGAGGUGGAUGGCAUGGUGUUCAGCGGGGACCCCCUGCCCGGCUUCAGCACUGGGAGGGACCACAGCUACUCCAGCCCCCACAGUCCCGAAUCCUGACAGCACGUACUGCCUUCCUUGCGCUGCCUGCCUGCCUCCUCCCUGUCUGCCACUGCCACCAGCACAGCCUCUGCCGGCCUCAUCAUGGCUGCCUGGGUAAGGGGGCUGCAGGUGGGGACAAGUGUCCAGCUUGAGCCCCUGCAGCCGGGUUGCUGAGUGGCAGCGGCCGUGGCGCUGGGUGCCUGGAGCUGGCACCGCACUGUGGCACCCACUGUGCACUGCAAUGCACUGCAAGAGGUGCCGAGGGCCCGGCUGCCAUGGGGACACCCUCCUGCCUCCCCCUGCCGUUCGCUCUCGGGUAGGCUGGGGGCUGCCUGGGCCGCGCCACCCCCAGCAGACACAGCUACUGGGGAGCUCUUCUGCCCCUGGAGAGCCAGGAAGAGGAAACUAGUGCAUUAAGCAACUUGCCUUCACGCUCCUGCUCCGCCCUCUUGUACGUACCCGACACUAUUUUAGUAAAGGCACUUGGUGAAACCCUG